AUGUUUUUCUUCAUUUUCAGAUAUCUGUGCACGUAUAUUUCUCUCUUUUCUCCCCCAGUUGCUCUGCAUGCUUGGGUUCCCGUGACUCUCUGUUGCUCUAUAUCAAUGUCAGAACCCCCCCCCGGCUCAGUUGAUCCCUUACACUACCUCUUCCCAAACCUCCAUAUUGCAGCACUAAGAAUUUGCUGUACCCCUGGAAGGGUAGCUGAUCGGGUACUAUGCCUUGCCAAAGGUGAUAUACAUAUCUCUUCUUUCACUGUUACCGUCACUUUUAAAUUAGUCAUUGACUUCGUUCACUCCUGCUUUUUAUUUCAUCUUCCUUCCUUGCUUCCUUAUUUCCUUUCUUCCUCUAUUUUCCCUUCAUUCUUUCUUCUAAAUAUUCCUCUCUUCCUCCCUCUGUUCUAUUCUAUCUUUCUUUCUUUCUUUCUUUCUUUCUUUCUUUCUUUCUUUUCUUUCUUUCUCAACCUCCCUUUAUUGUUUCCUUUCUAUCUUCUUUUCUCCCUUUAUUCCCCCGUUCUUUUAGUUUGUUUUCUUUCUCUCUUUCUUUCUUUUUCUUUUCUUUCUUCGUCCCUCCCUUAUUUCCUUUAUCCCUUCUUUCCUCCAUUUAUUCCCCGUUGUUUUUUCUUCGACUUCCUUCCUUUUUUCUUUCUUUCUUUGCCCCUUUCUUGUUUCCUUUCUUUCCUCCCUCCCUUUAUUCCUCCAUUCUUUUCUAGUCUUUUCUUUCCUUCCUUCCUUCUUUCUUUCUUUCUUUUUUCUUUCUUUCUUCUUUUUUCAUUUCUUUCUUUCUUUUCUUUACUUUUCUUUCCUUCCUGCUCAUUUUUUUCCUUUUUCCUUUCAAUCGGCCUCCUCCCAUUUUUCUUCUUUCUUAUCUUUCCUUUUUCUCCCUAG